AUUACCCCUCCUCCUCUCAGAAGGUCUGUGUGGUGCACAGGUUUGCACCAAAACCAACUGAUACAGCUCGUGUUUAAGGGGCAAAUACACCAUAUGCAUAUAUACUCUAAACAUAUCAAGCUUUGGGAGAUACUACAUCUGGAGUUUUCUGUAUUUUUCGAGAUUUUUUUUCUAUUCAAGGUUUUAUGACAGUCAGGAUGGGUUCACUUUGGUGCUUAAGGAAGUCCGUGAGCCUUCAAACGUGUUCCCGCCCCAGAGAUGUCCGGCUCCUACGAUGAAUCUGCCGUUGCCGAUGAGGCCAUGGAUAGCUUUUGGGAGGUGGGGAAUUACAAGCGGGCAGUCAAGAGGAUCGACGACGGUCAUCGUCUUUUCAAUGAGCUCAUGAACUGCCUUCAGGAGCGUGCCAAGAUUGAAAAGGCAUAUGGCCAGCAGCUGACAGAGUGGUCUAAGAGAUGGAGACAGCUAAUUGAGAAAGGCCCCCAGUACGGCUCUGUGGAGCGUGCCUGGCUUGCCGUGAUGACUGAGGCAGACAAGGUGAGCGAGCUUCAUCAGGAGGUAAAGAACGGCCUCCUGAAUGAGGACGUGGAGAAGGUGAAGAACUGGCAGAAGGAUGCCUACCACAAGCAAAUGAUGGGAGGGUUUAAGGAGGCCAAAGAGGCAGAGGAGGGUUUCAAGAAGGCCCAGAAGCCCUGGGCCAAGAAGCUCAAAGAGAUGGAGACAGCUAAGAAGACAUACCACAUGGCCUGUAAGGAAGAGAAGCUUGCAGCGUCCCGUGAGGCCAACAGCAAAGCGGAAGCAUCUGUCACACCCGACCAGCAGAAGAAGCUCCAUGAGAAGACAGAGAAGUGCAAGCAGGAUGUGCAGAAGGCUAAGGAGAAGUAUGAGAAGUCCCUGGAUGAGUUGGGGAAAUGCCAGCCCCAGUACAUGGAGAGCAUGGAGCAGGUGUUCGACCAGUGUCAGCAGCAUGAAGUGAAGAGGCUCAACUUCCUCAAAGAGGUGCUCCUGGACAUCAAACGGCACCUGAACCUCACAGAGAACCAAAGCUAUGCUACAGUGUACCGUGAGCUAGAGCGUACCGUUCUCGCCGUUAACACGCAGGAUGAUCUGAAGUGGUUCAGCAACAGUCACGGCCCUGGCAUGCACAUGAACUGGCCCCAGUUUGAGGAGUAUAAUCCAGACGCCACUAACGCCGUGGCAAAGAGAGAGAAGAGGAAGACAGAAGGCGCUCCAGCGACCCCCAGCACGGAGCACGGUGGCCAGCCCGGUGACCGCGGCAGUGUGAGCAGCUAUGAUAAGAACCAGGCCUACUCUACAGAAUGGUCUGAUGAUGAACAGCCUGCUGGGUAUUCAGGCAAUGAGACCAACGGGGGUGGCAACUCUUUUGAGGAAGACUCCGGCAGCCGAGGGGGCGUCCGAGUCCGGGCGCUGUAUGACUAUGAGGGACAGGAACAAGAUGAGCUGAGCUUCAAAGCAGGAGAUGAGCUGACGAAGAUCGAAGAGGAAGACGACCAGGGCUGGUGCAGGGGUCGACUGGACAGUGGGCGGACAGGCUUAUAUCCAGCUAAUUACGUGGAGGAAAUUUAAGGACAGAACAUUGGACUGCUCUGACUGGCUGAUCUAAUAGCUCAGCACAAAGCCAGAGACUUAAGAGCUGCACAUGUUUCGUCCUACAAACGCGCUAAACAGCCUUGUCUAUAAACAACAAAGUCUUAGUAACCUAAAAAUAUAUUCAUACAGUAUAUAGGCCUCUGACCCCCCCCCCCCCCACA